CAGUGACCUACCGGCUAUUACCGGAAUAAUAUUUAGUACACAACCGUUUUUCAGUUUGGAUGUAAUGCAACUAUAAUACUAACGUGAGAUGCGCUCGUCUCGAGAUGGACUUUUAAUAUUGUGUACACAUUAUUAGUCUACCAUUAAAGUGAAAUCGACACGGAGAAAAAGCUCGUUUCACUUACAACAUCUUAUAUAAAUCAGAAGAAGUUCAGUUUUGUCCGGGAUGUCGUUUACGGCGUAUGUAUCAUGUUUGGCGAUAGCUUUGCACUUGGCUAAUGGAGGAUACGUGUACAAAACUGAAUAUUUUACAGUACCGGUCGACCAUUUUAGUUAUACGAAUAAUGAUACAUUCCGUAUGAAGUACCUCAUCAACGACACGUAUUGGGAACGAGAAAACGGACCGAUAUUUUUUUAUGCCGGCAACGAAGGAGCUAUUGAAAUGUUUUGUGAAAAUACGGGUUUCAUGUGGGAGAUAGCCGCAGAGUUCCGGGCCCUGGUCGUCUUCGCUGAGCACCGUUACUACGGCGUUUCGAUGCCUUAUGGAAAUAAAUCGUACGACGACGCCAGUCGGCUGGGCUAUCUGACCUCGCAACAGGCGCUCGCCGACUACGUGGACCUGAUCACGUACUUGCGGCACAACGGGUCGUUUUCGAGCCGAGGCCUGGACGGGGCCGGCGAUAUCUACGACUUGGACGCCGAUGACACGCAACCGUCAAGCAGCCCCAACCCCGUGAUCGCUUUCGGCGGAUCGUACGGUGGCAUGUUGGCCGCCUGGUUCCGCAUCAAGUAUCCCGCCGUCGUCGAAGGUGCCAUUGCGUCGUCUGCGCCGAUAUGGCAAUUCACUGGUAUGACUCCGUGUAACGCAUUCUACAGGGUCACGUCAUCGGUGUAUAAAAAUGCAAGUGCCGAAUGCGGUUUGACGAUAUUAGCGUCUUGGAAAGCUAUUAACAAUGUUACAAAAACGGUUGAAGGGAAGGCAUGGCUGUCUCAGAAAUGGAAACUGUGCUCACCGUUGACAAACGACAAUGACGUUUUGACUUUGAAACAGUGGGUGUCUGAACUCUAUGUGAACUUGGCCAUGAUAAAUUACCCAUAUCCUGCAAAUUUUUUAACACCACUGCCCGGAAAUCCAGUUAAAGAAGUUUGUAAGCCGAUGAAAAACCAUAAAGAAGACGACUUAACGCUUUUGGGAUCAGUUUUUCAAGGGCUUAAUGUAUACUUUAACUACACCGGUACAUCUCAGUGUUUGGACAUUUUGACCUCUUCUGCUCCUACACUCGGUGAAAAAGGAUGGGGCUAUCAAAGCUGCACCGAAAUGGUUAUGCCAAUGUGCUCUAAUGGAGUUAAAGAUAUAUUCGAAAAACAACCUUGGAAUUAUGAAGCUAAUGCCAAAUACUGUUUUGAAACUUAUGGAGUCCUGCCGAGUAUUUAUGCAAUCGAGAAGACAUAUGGUGGUAAAAACUUAAACGCUGCUUCUAAUAUAAUAUUCAGCAACGGUUUAUUGGAUCCGUGGUCGAGCGGUGGAGUGUUGCGAGAUAUAUCGAAAACGGUGCUGGCUGUGGUAAUACCAGAAUCUGCACAUCACUUGGACUUGAGAGCAUCCCACCCUAAAGAUCCAGAAAGUGUGGUUAAAGCCAGAAGAUUCUAUAAAAAUUGGAUCAAAAAAUUGAUAUUUCACUAUCAAAAACAUCCAACACGAGAACCAAACAACUCGUUCGUCAAGCAACAAAUAGUUCUAACUAUUUAGAACGAUGUUCAUCGUAAUAACAAUAUUGAUUAUGAUUCACUAUUAUGUUGUGUUGUUUUUUAAUGAUCAACAAAUUAAAUACCUUAAAUCGAAGUUUA